UCGAAGGUUAUCCCAGAGGAGAGGACAACUUGGACAUCUCUGCCUGAAACCUUAUCCAAGUCCCAUGAACCUGUCCCUGAAGGCACCACAGCGGAGAGCUCGUGCGGGGUUGGCUGGAGAAGCUAGCUCGAGAGGCAAACAUGUAAAGAUGGCGGAGUUACAAAUGCUGCUGGAAGAGGACAUUCCCGCGGGAAGGAGAGCUCUCUUGGACAGCUUUCCCAACCUGGAGCGAGUGGCCGAGUACUGCGAGAACAACUAUGUCCAGGCUGCAGACAAGCAUGGAGCGCUGGAGGAGACCAAGAGCUACACCACUCAGUCCCUGGCCAGCGUGGCCUACCUCAUCAACACGCUGGCCAACAACGUGCUGCAGAUGUUGGACAUCCAGACGUCGCAACUGAGAUGCAUGGAGAGCUCCGUCAACCACAUCGCGCAGACCAUCAACAUCCACAAGGAGAAGGUGGCCAGGCGGGAGAUCGGCGUUCUGACCACCAAUAAGAACACGUCGCGCUCGCAUAAGAUCGUGGCGCCGCCCAAUCUGGAGAGGCCCGUGCGGUACAUACGCAAGCCCAUCGACUACGCCGUGCUGGAUGACAUCGGACAUGGCGUCAAGUGGUUGUUGAGGUUCAAGGUGAACGGGCAGGAGAACAUAAAGAUGGGAGGCGGGCUGCCCAGGUCCAAUCCCCCCAGCCAGAAACCACCCAGCCCCCCCAGAGCAGGAAGGAGCAUCUUUGGGAAGAGCUCCCCCUACAGGACACUGGAGCCGGUGCGGCCGCCGGUCGUUCCCAAUGAUUAUGUUUCCAGCCCCACCAGGAACAAUAUGGCCGCCGCCGGGCAGCUUCCCAGCAGUCCGGCGCGCACGGCCACGCUCAGCCACCGGCCCCGGACGUACAGCGGUAGCAGCGGGGGGAGUCAUCCUAGCAGCAGCAGUCGGAGCAGCAGCAGAGAGAACAGCGGCAGCGGAUCCGUCGGCGUUCCCAUCGCCGUGCCAACCCCCUCCCCUCCCUCCACCUUCCCAGUUUCCCCAACCGCCGGACCCGCUAGCUCCUCCUCCACGGCCCCUAACUCCUCCCCGACCUCCUCUUCCUCCUACUCUUCUUCCUCCUCCUCCUCCACCGCCACUUUAACGCGGCCCAACGCCUUCCUGCCGCUGACCUCGCCUUCGCAACGCACUCACCCGCCCCCUCUGCCCGGCUGGAAGCCCUGCGGGGCCGCGCCCGGCCCCUCCCACAACCCGCCCGGCCUUUCGCCCCCGCACCCUUCUCUCCUCUCCUCGUCGUCGCCCGAGGAAGGUCCGGCGGUUCCUCAGUUCUACAGCAUGAACCGGCCUCAGCCUCGGCAGCAGGCGCAGCAGGUGGGCGGGUCUCUGCCGUACCGCCGCCCCCCGUCUGUGACCGGGCAGCCAAUCCCAACGCAGAACCAGGUCAACGGUGGCCCCUACCACAGCCAGAGCCCGGCCUCGCCGCCGCCCCCGCCGCCGCCCUCCUUCCUGCAGUUCACGCCUCAGCUUCCUCUCAUGGGCUUUGUGGCACGGGUUCAGGAGUCCAUCUCAGACGUGCCCCCGCCACCUCACCUGGAGGACCCUUCCAGGACCGAGGAGACUCCUCCCACUCGGCCUGUCCAGGAAGGACAGGAAGAGGAUGACUCGUCUGUGGUGGAGUACAGCGACCCGUAUGCCGAGGAAGACCCGCCUUGGGCCCCCAGAAACUACCUGGAGAAAGUGGUGGCCAUCUACGACUACGCGGCCGACAAGGAGGACGAGCUUUCCUUCCAGGAAGGCGCCAUCAUCUACGUCGUCAAGAAGAACGAGGACGGCUGGUUCGAAGGCGUGAUGAACGCCACCACCGGACUCUUCCCCGGAAACUACGUGGAGUCCAUCAUGCACUACGCCGAAUGACGUCCUGGCUUUGAAACCCACCAGCUCUUGCACUUCUGCUGUGGAAAGGGGACACAACGCUACAUACUACAAUAAUCAUAACAAAAAUAAUAAUAACAACAAUAAUAACAAUGCAUGAAAUGUGCUCAAACAGUUAAAACACUAUCAGCUGUUUUGGUGUUGCCACGGUUACAUGGACAUUUUUCAAGUUUACGGUGUUUGCUUCCAUGUGUGCUGUGUUUACAGUCAUGUCACAUGACAAUUUCUAUGGUUCUGUUUUAUACAACGUUUUCUUACUGUUCUUCUGCUUUACUCUGCUUGUUUGGCCCUUUAACUGAUGACCUCUUGUGCCAUAAAAACGUGAGCGUGUGUGUGUCAACCAAAAUGUCAACCAGGGAGGAAUUUUACCCUCAAAAGUGUACGAAAACGAGCCGAGUUGGUGUAAUCGGCUGGAUCAUGUGACCAAUCAAUAUAAUGGCAAAAAGUUUAGACUUAAAAAUAUGAUAUAUAUUGUGAUAUUUAGUGCUUUUGAUAAAAAAAAUUCUCUAUUUUUAUGUUGUGCUGUGUAAAAUAUUCCAAUGCUGGACCAAAGUUGUAGUUCUAAUUGCCAAACAAAGGAGGGUAAGAUUAACUGGUUUUAACUGGUUUAAGGACGAGUUACACAAAGGGUUAAAGUUCAUGCCGAAAAUUUUAAUCUUACUUGUAAUAUUCCUUGUCGAAUUGGAAAUGUACUGGCACUAAAGUGUGUUCGUUGACAUUUGAUUUUUAAAAAUAUAUAAUUAGCAUCUUUUGUGUGUUUUGA